GCACUAUAAACGAAGUCAGGCUUAUCAUUUGACAUCACACUAAGGUGAGUAGACGUUCUGAUUGAUUUCACCUAAUUGUCAAUGUAUGUAUCCAAUUAAAUAUAACUCACUGUAGAAUCUUAUCUUCGAAUCUUAAAAUACAAUUUCUCUAUAUCAGGUUAGGUAAGGCAAGGUGCACUUCAGGUGACACUAAAAAUGCACUAUAAAACAUAUAUUAUGUUGGUGGGAAGGGGGAAAUGAGGUAUGCUGGUGAAUAGUAAACCUCAGUAAUCUAAUUUGUUCAGCGUGGUUGAAACUGAGCCGGUGUCGGAAAAUAUUUAUUUUCGACCUCAGGAGCCCACAUAGGUCACUCAUUAACAUACCUUGGGUGCAAUUUCACACAUACCAUGUGUGAUUUCCAGUCUUUCAUGGUGAGACGCCAACUUGUAAGAAUACUAGAAAAUAUUUAGGCUAAGUAAUAUAGCUAAACUAUAUAGCUCACAGAUAUUUGUUUCAUUCAUGCAUAUCGCUUUUGAUAAGUUUCUAUUGAUGAAGGUGAGUGGUCUUCAAUGAAGGUAGCCUACCUGUAUCUCAGUUUAUGUCUGUAGACCUAAUGAUUUAUUCAUAUAUAGGUGUUUUAAGGUAAGUCGUUAUGAUAUGCAUGAUUCGCAAAUUAAUGUUAAUGUUCUUAAUUUAAUAAGCAACGAAAACAAAUGUGUAACUUAAUAUUGGUGGGGUUCAAUAUUAUAUAACAUUUAUAAUAUUAGUAAAACAAAGUCAAUCACAUUAUCUAGGCUACAGUACGUGCCUCCAAGUUUUGCUUUAGGUUUCUAUUUCUCCGGUGGGCGUGAGCAUCACUAGAAAAGGGAAAGCAAGGACUCCGGGCUUAGGAGUCAAGAUGAUACCCUAUGUGGCGUUGUGCAAAUAUUUUCCUGUCACUAUAGUUGUGAUCAUAGUUUUCAGUGUCAAUGGAUACAUUGAGGAUCCUCUUUUUGAGUGCCUGCAAGAUUCAGACUAUGCCGAACUCCUUGAAAUUGUGGACAGAGGUCUUCCCUUCACAAAGACACCCCAUCAUAUUGCCAUCAUCGGUGGUGGUAUUGCUGGACUGACUGCAGCAAAGUUUCUGGAGGACGCAGGGCACAAGGUGACUUUAAUAGAGGCAAGUGAUCGAAUUGGAGGACGGGUGGAGACCUACAGAAAUAGAAGAGAGGGAUGGUAUGCAGAGCUGGGUGCUAUGAGGAUCCCUAGCUUUCACAAAAUUCUUUUAUCAUUUUCAUCAAAAAUGGGCCUUGGACUGAAUCCAUUUAUCCAGGAUGACAUCAACACAUAUUACCAUGUGAACGGGUUGCUGCAGAAAACAUACAGAGUUAAAGAGAACCCAGACGUGCUGAACUAUCCCUUGACUGACAAGGAAAGGGGAAAAUCGGCUGGUCAGCUCUUUGACUUGGCCCUGUGGAAGAUAAGGGAUGAUAUGAAGACAGCUGGCUGCGAGGCCAUGUUGAGAAAAUAUGACUCGUACUCAGUCAAGGAGUAUCUAGUGAAGGAGGGGAACCUGAGUCGUGGUGCCCUGCGCAUGAUUGGAGAUAUCCUGAAUGAGAACAGCCUCUUCUACGCAUCACUUACUGAGAUGCUGUAUAUUCAGUCGGAUAUCAAUGACAACACUGUCUAUUACGAGAUCACUGAUGGGUUUGACCAUUUACCGAGGGCAUUUUACCAGGCCCUCAACUGCACUAUCCUUCUCAACUCCAAGGUCCGGCUCAUCAGUCAAACCAGCAGCAAUGUGACCGUAUCCUACCAGGACUGGCAUGAUCCAUCCUCUCUGACCAACCUCACAGUCGACUAUGCCCUGGUGACAGCUACAGCAAAGGCCACCCUCUUCAUGGACUUCCAACCCCCGCUGUCACCCCAGAAGAUGGAGGCCCUGCGGUCCGUGCACUACGCCAGCUCCACCAAGGUGGUCCUCAGCUUCAGUGAGAGAUUCUGGGAAAAGGAUGGUAUCAAAGGGGGGAAAAGCAUCACGGAUCUCCCCUCUCGUUUCAUCUACUACCCUAGCCACAGCUUCCCAGGCACGGCUGGGGGGGCUCUCCUUGCAUCCUACACCUGUUCUGAUGACUCCACUCUGUUCCAGGGGGUCAGCGAGUAUGAACUGAAGGCCUUGGUGAUGGAUGACCUGGUUAAGAUCCAUGGGGAGGCUAUACGACCUCUCUGCACUGGAGGGUUGGUGAAGAAGUGGGGGCUGGAUCCCUUCAGCCUGGGGGCUUUUGCCCUUUACACACCUUACCAGCAGACGGACUACGCCUCGGACCUGUUCAGGAAUGAGAGCAGGGUCCACUUUGCUGGGGAGCACACGGCACUACCUCAUGCUUGGAUUGAGACUGCCAUGAAAUCUGCACUAAGGGCAGCCAGGAACAUCAGUAACCUGGAAGGAUAGACAUCUGGGGCCUGGGCACAUCAAUUUGUAUUUUGAAUAGCUUGAGAGGUUGAAUGUUGACAAACUAAAUGACGAAAUCCAAUGGCCAAACCAAAAACGAUUUAUUUUGAUAAAACAUUUUUAGUACUGUCUGAUGAUGGAUUCGGUAGUAUUCAUGUGUUCUGCUCUACUCAAUAUGAAUGGCACAACAUGAUGAGAGGAGUGUUGACGAAAUGUUCAGCAGAACGGAAAAUGUUUACUGGCCUAAUUUACAAGUCCUCUUCAGGGCACAAUGUUCAUACUUUUGUCCCUUUCGAACCUGUUAUUUUUGUGUGUACUGUUUUAAAAUGGCAACUUUGUUAAAUAGCCUACAGUAUUGUACAAAAUAACUAUGUCAAAUGAUGUUGUCAUCAUUCAUCAUAACUUCUGAUGUAUGGAGCGAAGCUAUCUACCUGGGCCUGAAACUGCGCUUUCUGUUGUUCAAUUGCGAUCAUCCUUUGGAGCUCUGAAGCAUCAGCCUUUUCUGACGAAUUUAAAUCAAAGCCGUCCAUUACAGUACCUAGGAUUGGUUACAGUCGGGUUAAUUCAACCGGUAGAGCUGAUAAUGACCUUCUCUGUAGGCUUGUGCGUUUGUUGCUCAGUGGUCUGUUGUGGGUUUGCUCUAUUACGAAGAUAAUUGACUAACACAUGAGUCAUGACUCUCCAAUAUUUUCAAUGUUCAGCCUCUAUUUUAUGUAAGGCCAACCCAUUUUUUCUAAAGCCACAAUAUCUAACUUUUUGGGCUACUUGACCAAAUUCACAUAGAAUUGUGAGUUAUAGAUAUAUAAUUCUCAUUGAACGCAAGUCUAAGAAGCGGUAUAUCUGUUCUGUGUGCGAUAUUCCUAUGCUUCCCCUUCUAAAGUUUUGUUUUUGCUAUUUUACGUUUGCUUUUAUACACCAGCUUCAACCAGCUGAAAAUACAAUAUUUUUGGAUAUGGAAAAUAUAUUUCACAGCUGUUUAGAUGGUACAAUGAUUCUCUACACUAUACUUGCUUGUUUUUGUCACAUGAAAUUAGGGGAACUAUUCAAACAGGAAAUGGCAUAUUGCACCAUUAAUAAAACAAUGUGAACGUUUUAAUAAUAGGAUACACACAUGCAAUCUAAUGGAUAGAUUCUGUUCAGGGGAUAGUUCACCCAAAUUAUAUAUUGGUUUCCUUACACUGUAAGCAGUAUUUGGACAAGAUAUGGCAUUUGAGGCACAAAUUCAAUGCAAGUCAAUGGAACCUACAAUAUAUUAGCAUUUUCACAGUGGUGGAAAAAAGUACCCAAUUGUCAUUCUUGAGUAAAAGUAAAGAUACCUUCAUAGAAAAUUACUCAAGUAAAAGUGAA